AUGACUGUUCCUUACCUGUUUGAUGUGGGUUCUUUGAAACAGACAGAGAACACGUACGUACGGUUUCCAUUUUCGCCAGGGAAAGCUGAUCUGAGAUGUCCUAGAGCUCACAAAAUUGAUCCAGCAGAAUAUUUUCAACAUCUCCUUGAUUAUGAAGAUGGACGAUUUGCUAAACAUGAAACAUUCCGUUUCUUUGCUAUGAAUUCAUUAAUGAGAUGGAAUUCAUGCACUAGCGGAUCUCUCUUUGUUCAAAACAAUCCAGAGUUCAAAGACAUCUCUCUGUCUGCACUUAAAAGCAUGUUGCAAAAGAAUCCUGUGUUAAUGAAAAAAAUAAUGCUUCAAUCAUCAGUUUUAAGAGGGUCCAAACAAUAUUGGAGUGUUAGGACCAAGGAAUUAGAGGACAUGAUUGAACAAUUGGGUUUGCCAACAAUCUUCUUAACACUAAGUUGUGCUCAUGAUUUUCACUGGCCAGAAUUGUUUCGUCUAUUGACCGGUCUCGAUGAUGUCAGUGAACUGUCAGAAAAAGAUAGAAGAAACCUGUUAAUUGAGUACCAGCACAGAGGCAGUCCCCACAUGCAUGGAAUUUUAUGGUUGGAAGGAGCACCUGAUGUUACCAAUAUCAAAACGGCAAAUGAAGAAGAACUUGAACAAAUUUGUGAUUAUUUUGACAAUCUUGUCAGUGCAGUCAACCCGAAUCCAAAAACUGAAAACACAGGAUUGCACCCAUGCCGUACAUUGUUCUCAGAUGUCAGAGGCAGCAUCGAAAAGGAAAAGGAGGAUUUGGCACAAUUAUGUGUGCGGGUGCAGCGUCAUACUAAAUGCUCUACUGAUUAUUGUCUCAAAGGCAAAAAAAGGGCUCCCAAAAGAUGCAGAUUUAACUUCCCUCAAAAGCUUCAGGAAAGGAGCUCCAUCCAAUUCGACAGUGGCACUGGAGAGCCUGUAUUUGUGCCAGCUAGAAAUGAUCCACUUUUGAACAAAAUGAAUCCAUGUUGGUUACCUUGGUGGCGUGGCAAUUUAGACAUAUCACCAGUCCUGUCCAAUGCCAACAUGGUGCACUAUUUGUCAAAAUAUGUUUCCAAGUGUGAAACUCGAUCAAAAUCACUAGCUGAACUGUUUCAACAUGUGUUUGAAGAUUUUAGUGAAUCUGAUUCUGUUCUGAAGUUUAUAAGACGACUGUACAUUCGAAGUUUUUCUGAAAGAGAUUUUUCUGCGCAGGAGGUGUGCCACAUUUUAAGUGGAAGGUUUUUGUACACUGCUGGGAAGCGAAAUUUUGUUCACGUUAAUUUGAACACAAACUCCAUGUGGAAGAAGGUGCAUAGAGUGAGUCGUUAUGGGAGAACUGGCGCCUCAGUUGUGGAGAAAUAUAGGACCCGACCACCAAACUUGGAAGACCUGUCUUUGUGGGAAUUUGCCAGAACUCGUGAUGUGUCUAGAAAACCCUACUCGAGAAAAGCAGUAACUAACAUAGUCCAGGUGUACCCUAAAACCCGAUUGGAGCCUCAGAGGGAGAACAAUGAUAACUAUUACAGGUGCCAAACUUUGUUGCAUGUUCCAUGGAGGUCAGACACAGAAUUUUCAAGCCAAAACCUUACAUGGAAAGAAAUUUAUGAAAAUGAAAACAUUCAUAAAAAAGUUGACAGACUUAAUGAUUUGCCAAUGAUUGAUCCUAUUGAACCCAAUGAAAGUUCAGACAGCAACACUGAAGAUGAUACAAAUGAUAAUUUAGAGGAAUUUAUGAUUCUUUCCAGGAUUGGACCAAAGAAUAAUGUACCUGAAAUAGAGCUUGGACUGAGACAAAUUGAUUCAGACCAUGACUGGUCAAGCUCCUCAAACAAAUAUAAAGAGUAUGGUUCAUUGGAUGAACUUGCAAAAUUCAUAGACAAUACAAAAAGAGAACACAAAGAGGAUGAUUCCAUUGCACAUUUUAAUUGUGAUGACUAUGAAUUCAGUGACGAACAGAAAGCUGUUAUUGAGCAGGUGAAUGAACAAAUAUCAGCUGUGUUGAUCGGUGAAACCCAUCCCAUCAGAUUCACAAUUGUGCAAGGUAAAGCUGGGACAGGAAAAAGUGUUCUCAUCAGAUACAUCAAGUGGACAGCAGAAACCACGUUACGAAAACGUGGUAGUGUUCUCCUUGUUGCUCCCACUGGAGUAACUGCUCUGAACAUAGGGGGAGAGACCAUUCACACUGGUUUGAAAAUGCCUAAAGACAGGAACUUUUUUGGUGAAUUGACAGGAGAUACCCUGAACAAAUUUUAUGAAAAGAUGGAAAAUGUCUAUUUUUUAGUGUGUGACGAGUAUUCUAUGGUUGGAGCUGCAAUGUUGCGAUAUAUGGAUUUAAGAUGCAGACAGGGAAAAGGGUCUGAUGAACCGUUUGGUGGGUUGUAUGUUUACCUGCUUGGAGACAUACGACAGUUGCCACCAGUAAUAGACACUCCAUUAUACCGGAUUCCAGAAAGAGACUCUUAUGCUGAGCAAGGAAUACUUUUACUGCAUGAUCUUCACAAGGUUUUCUUUUUGAAGAGAUGUUACAGGCAACAGGACCAACAUUUCGUUGACAUGUUGGAUCGCAUAAGCUUAGGGGAACCCACACGUGAAGAUUAUGAACUGUUGACUACCAGAUUCAUUUAUCCAGUCCAAGAUGAUCAUGAUUUCAAGGAUGCUCUCAGACUGUUCACAACGAAACUACUGGUGAAAACCUACAAUUAUUCAUCUCUCCGGAAUCUGAAAUGCCCGUUGACAGAUAAGCAUGUACCUAUUGCAAAAAUAACAGCCCAGCACAACUGUGACAUUGCAGCAAAGGGGACUGUUGAUGAUGCUGAAGGUCUUCAUAAGGAGCUUUUCUUAGGACCUCAAUGCAAAAUAAUGCUGAUAUACAAUUUGUGGACAUCUAAAGGCCUGUGCAAUGGAGCCAUUGGGUAUGUUGAAGACAUUUUGUACAGAGAGGAUGAUGAACCCCCCACAGCAUUCCCUGUUGUAGUUAUGUGCAAAUUUGAAGAUUACUCUGGACCAGGCAUUGGACCCAUGAACUUGGUACCAAUUCCAGCAAUUUCCAAAUAUUGGACCAAAGGCUUCGUGCAAUGCACACGUGUGCAGUUUCCAUUAUCUGUGUGCUACUCUUGCUCAGUGCACAAAGCACAAGGAUUGAGUCUUGCAAAGAGUGUCACUGAUAUUGGAGAUGAUGAAUUUGCUCUUGGAAUCUGUUAUGUCGCACUUUCAAGAGCCAAGGCUCUCAAAGGCUUAAAAUUGGUUCCUUUUCCAAUGGAGAGGUUGACCAAACUGAAGAAUUUCAGAGACAUGGAGCGCAAGCUUGCAUUUGAAAGGUUUCUGGAAUCAAAAAAAUGA